CGCGCUUGUAUCAGUUGCAGAACUUUCCAACAGAGCUGUUGAGCAGUUCAACAUUUCCUCAACUGCACCUAAAUCCCAACCAGGCAUCUUGAAAAUGCCGUCUAAUUUUCUCACGCCUUUCCUUGAGCUGGACGACGAAUUUUGCAAGGGUUUUCGCAGCAUCGAUCUGACAGAUGUUGCGCAGCAGCACCAGCAGCGUACGGUUGGAUUCCAGCGCAGACAUUCCUUAUGCCCGGUCACUCUUCCCAACUCCAAAUUCAACAGCACCGACAGCAGCCCGUGGCCUCUGUCCGGCAUCAACCUGCAGUGGAACCUCGAGCAGAAACAGCAGCUGCCCCGCUCCUCUCUAAAUCACAUCCCAUUCAGAGUAGACAGAUCUGUUAGUAUGAUUGAGGGACACGUGAGCACUCUGGGGUCUUGCGAACCCACUACGCCGCUACCUCCACCGCCCGGCCUCAGCAUCAGCAACAGCUCCCUGUCCUCCCCAAAGUGUCUCAGUACGACCACCGCGCCCCUGUCCACCCGCUACAAGACGGAGCUCUGCCGCACCUACGAAGAGAGCGGCACCUGCAAGUACGGUGCCAAAUGUCAGUUUGCGCACGGCAUGGAUGAGCUGAGAGGCCUCAGCAGGCACCCGAAGUACAAGACCGAGCCAUGUCGCACUUUUCACACCAUUGGUUUUUGCCCCUACGGUGCUCGGUGUCAUUUCAUACACAACGCGGACGAGCUGCUGGGGAACGCGCAGGGACAGAAGAGCAACAGGGACCGACCUCAGCUGCUGCGUCAGAGCGUUAGUUUCAGCGGAUUCUCCUCGCAACCGCAGAGCCUGACCGGUUUCCACGCCGUGCCGGACGCGCUCGCCUUUUCCAGAUCAUCUUCGGUGUCUCCACCACUAUCAACGGGAAGUCCCGACCUGCUCUCCCCGCUUUAUCCCGAGCCCUGUAAUUUGAAACACAGUUACCCCUUCGCGGAUCAGGGCAACAAUGACGCUCCGCGCUUUUGCGCCAUCAAUGACUCCGUGAGCACCAAAAACCUGGCGUACGCGCUGAAAGGCCUGACUGCUCUCCAGCGCAGCGCCUCCGCGGACUCUCUCUCCGAUCAGGAGGGCUACACCAGCUCCAGCAGCCUCAGCGGCUGCGACUCCCCCGGCAUUGACGGCAGGCGUUUGCCCAUCUUUAGCCGCCUGUCUGUCUCAGACGAUUAGACUUACAUUACCUUGUGCAUAUUGCAUUCACACUAAAGCAGAUGUCUCUCUGCUUUGACUUGUACAGUUUUAGACAUAUUCGUUUUUUUAUAUUUCAAGAAAGAAUUUGUUUGUUGUAUACUGUUGUAUACCAGGUCGAUGCUGCAGUGGGUACUUCACCUAGAUUUACUAAUACUUGUUUGGGAUACUCUCAAAAGUUCACAUUGACUGUUGUGGAGAAGGUGUCGAGGCUGUAGGAAGAAAAUAAGCACAGAUCUUUAUUUUUUUUCGUCUGUUCCACUUUUAAUGCACCCACCUGUAGUCUAACCAAAGCUGAGCAAUUUAGAGUAUAUACAUAUAGUGUAAUGUCUAACCCGCUCUCUCAACAUACUGUAAACGAUGUAGCCUUUAGUUAAGGCAUUUUUAAAUGGACAGUAUUAUCAAGUAGUUUAACCUUAGUUUGUUUAAAAAACCUAUUUAUUGCUUUUUGUAUAAUAUGCAGCGAUUGUAUUUUUGUUCUUUGGUUUAUGUGCAUUUGGAAGAAGUGUAGAUAAGGCUUUUUUGUUUGUCUGAGCCCAUUCUUCUGCUUUGCACGAGCUAACGUUUAGCUUUAAUUGAGACCAGAUGCCUAAAGUUUGGAAUCUCAGGAUUGUUUCUGAAGGGUACCGAUACGCCACUAUCCUGUAUCAGCCUCAAAGCUUUUACCGGUAAUAAAAGUCAGAGAUAUCCACACGACAUUCAUAUGCAAACAAAUGCAAAUGUGAAAAGUGACAAUGUACCAGAAAGAAGUGAAGAUGUACCAUGGUAUCGUCUCGUGCACUCUUAGUUUUUAUUUAAGAGGCGAAACUUGCAAUUUGGACAUUUCUCCAUGAGAACUGAAACAUAGUUCAUCACUUGCAAAAAUGAACUGGGGGUUCUUGUAAGGUCUAUUUUAUUAUUGCCUCGUUUUGCCUUGUGACAUAAGACACGCUUUUGCCUUUUGUUAACUUAAAACUUAUUUAUUUUGUUCGAUCGAAGUGGGAAAACAGUAUAUUGUGUUGUGCUUUCGUUUCAUGUUUGUUUAUAUAUAAUUUAAAUAAACUGUUUACAUUCCGUGGGAGGGCAUUGCCCAUUUUCAUUAUAAUAUAUUGUUUUUAAAAAUAAACUUUGAAGAUGAUAAGAUG